CCGCGUUGAGUUCAUGGACGACACCUCGCGUUCUAUCAUCCGUAACGUCAAGGGCCCAGGUAUGCGAUGCGAUUGAUUUGAGAUUUGAGAUUUUCGUUGGUUCCCGUUCGCGAUGGCAUCGAUUUUUCCACUACGAAAACACGACAACCGUUGAGAUAUCACGAAUGCGAAUUGAAAUAAGUGGAGGAAUUGAUGUGGAACGAGGCAACAAAAUGGCAGAAAUGUGGAAACAAUGCACGAUUCAACGACACAACUACAACUCCACCAAACGAUGACAUACUACGAAACGAACAUUGCCAGCGCGAACCGGGAACCAAUAUGGAAAGAAAAACAAGGGCACAAGCUAACCAGAAUCCCCGCAACAGUCAAGGUCGACGACAUCCUCUGCCUGCUCGAAUCCGAGAGAGAGGCCCGCCGUCUCCGCUAAACAACCUUCCUCCUCACUUCGAUUUCCUCUUUUUUCUCUUGCACCCCGAAUAUCCUUGGUUCCGCUCUUGCUUGCGAUGGAGACGAGAUGAGAUGAGAUGAUAAUUCUGGGAGGUCGGGAAGGCGAAAAUGUCAUAGCCAUAGCGUGUGCUAUCUUACGGAUGGGCUUCUGAUGCGACGAAUAAAAAUUUUUCUCAAAAAAGCGGUUUUCUCUUGUUUCCAUCGGCUCUUUUUUUCGUAUUUGGAUUAAGAGAGAAAUGGGGG